GGGAGAUGACGACGGAACAGACGCGAGCUGGCUGGGCUGAGGCAGAGAAGGAAGCCGCGUCCAGGUCGUCGAAUAAGUUGGUUGACGUCGCGUUCCAGUGCGCCGAUUGCCACCAGCGAAAGAGACCGGGCAAUUUUCUAGGAAGUGGCUCGAGAACGGGCGAUCCUUCGGAGCACGCCGUGGCGGUGCUGAGCCAGGGCGCGUGGGGGAGGUGCGCCCUCUACGGUCAGAAGGGGGCCUCUGCUUCGGGCGCGCCAGCCGCGGCUGCAACGCCAUUCGCCGCGACGGGCAGAGACGUGCUCGUCUGCAAUCGCUGCAAGGGGCCCGAGAUAUUGACGAAUUUCCGACGCAGCGAGGUGGAUGACUUGAAAAGCAGAGGGGCGGUGGGCCUCGCCGUUUGCGUGGCGCGCGCCCCCGAGAGGGCCUCCGGAGCGCUUGACGUGCAGCGCCAGUUUCUGGUGCGGGCCUUGCAAUUUCCCGCCGCGCGCGACAUCUGGCUCGGCUCCGCGGUCGAAGACGGCCAAGUACAGAGUCUGGAACAUGAAAGAGUGGACCUGCGCUCAGUGCCGGGAUCGAAAUUUAACAUGCGCGCGGUGCUCGGCAUUGUUUAG